GAGAGCAAACUAUGACAGAGGAGGGUACACAUACUGCUGAAUGCCUGAUUUUUUUCCUUUUGGUGAGUACAAACAACACUUAUAUGGCCUCUGCCUUGCAAAGAUCACACAGAAGAAAUGGGUUCUCUUCUUCUAGAGGAAGAAUUUUGGUUUGGGUUAGUAAACAUUUUAUUUUUUUAACAAAAGCUAAGAGAGUCAUGUCUGAAAUAUUUGCUUCAGUGCCCUAAUUUUGACCUAGAGUGCUCUAUUUGUGAAGCAAAAGGUGAUUGGCCACAGUUUAAUAACCAUGUCCCUACAUUCAUAUUCUUGUCCAAGUCUUAGAGGUUCUCACAGCACUGGCAGAACUAUUAGGAGGGCAGGAAAACACCUGCUUCUGUAUCACUGUAUAUGAAGAAAUGUACUUUUAGAAUAAUGUUUGAAGAGAUAAAACAAUUUCUGCAUUUGGUGUUGAUUGACAUUCUUUCAGGAGUAGAAUAAAGCUUUAAAAAUGUAUAAAAUAAUAAUACCAAGUUUAUGUUUGUUUUUAUAGCAAGAUAUCUAUAUCACGUAUACUCUCAAACUAUACUCCAUUAGUUCCCUAUUGCCCCUCUUUCUUUCUCCUUUGAAUUAUAAAUAGGAGGAUCUUCUGACUUUAAGUUCUGCUUCUACACAUUCUCUAAUAACUUACAUUGGUUCCUGUGCCAACCCAUGUUCUUUAUAUCUGGGUUCACUGUUGGUGCUUCCUAAUUUUAAGUAAAAAAAUGGCCAAAAAUUCCAGUGCUAUAAGUUUUCUGUUAUGGCAAAAUAUUAAGCAUUUACCUUUACCUAUGCCCAUUCAUGAUGGAAAAACUAAGGAUCUUGACAAAGUUGUUAGAAAACAGUGAUAUCAAAGAUUAUUUCCAUGUUAAAAUGUAUUGCCAAUAACUUAAAACUUUGAAGAGAAUAUUGUAAUAUCUUGAAUUCUUGUUAAUGCAGAAGCAACAUUUCUGUCCUGAUUAUUUAUUGGAAUCCAUUUCUGUUAUUGUUUGGAGCACAGAGGGGUUGCUGAGAUGGAGAGUCUCAAGACCAAUACGGAAAUGCUCUAUCCUGAGGUAAUUGUAGAAGUGGGCAGAGUGACUUUUGGAGAAGAGAACAGGAAGAAGAUGACCAAUAACUAUUUGAAAAGAACUGAGAAUUCUAAAAUCAUCCAAGCUACAUGUGCACUCUUAAAUUCUGGAGGGGGUGUGAUUAAAGCGGAGAUUGACGAUAAAACCUACAGUUACCCAUGCCAUGGGCUGGGACAGGAUCUGGAAACUUCUUUUCAAAAGCUCCUUCCUUCAGGUUCACAGAAAUACCUUGACUACAUGCAGCAGGGGCACAAUCUCCUGAUUUUUGUGAAGUCAUGGAGCCCAGAUGUUUUCAGCCUACCUCUAAGGAUUUGCAGCUUGCGCUCAAAUUUAUAUCAGAGAGAUGUGACUUCCGCUAUCAACCUGAGUGCCAGCAGUGCCCUGGAGCUUCUGAGAGAGAAGCAGUCUAGAGCCCAAAGAGGAAGAUCGAGGGUGAAGGAGCUGCAUCCUCAGAAAGUUCUUGACAGAAACAUUCAGGAAGAGGAAAAUAUGAAGACGUCUGCCUCAGAAUUUUUUAAAAAGGACAAACUCAUGUAUAAAGAGAAACUCAGCUUUACUGAGUCAACACAUGUAGAGUUUAAAAGGUUCACUACCAAAAAGAUUAUCCCUCGAAUUAAAGAAAUGCUGCCUCAUUACAUUUCUGCAUUUGCCAAUACCCAUGGGGGAUACCUAAUUAUUGGGGUGGAUGAUAAGAGCAAAGAAGUGUUUGGAUGUAAGAGAGAAAGAGUAAACCCUGACCUAUUAAAAAAAGAAAUAGAAAACUGCAUAGAAAAACUGCCAACAUUCCACUUCUGCUGUGAGAAGCCAAAAGUGAAUUUCACUACCAAAAUCUUGGAUGUAUACCAAAAAGAUGCCUUGUAUGGUUAUGUCUGUGUGGUUCAAGUGGAGCCCUUCUGCUGUGUGGUAUUCACAGAGGCCCCGGAUUCCUGGAUUAUGAGGAACAAUUCUGUCACAAGGCUGACAGUCGAGCACUGGGUGGCCAUGAUGCUGGAUAUUCAGCCAGCUCCUUCUAGUCUGGCCACAGACUACAGCCUUCUCCCGGUUUCACCAGCUUCGUCUGCACUAAGAAGUCCAUCAUGUCCCAUAAAAGUCCUGAAAUUUAAAGGUGCUCUACAACAACGUUUGUUUCCAGUGACACAGGAAGAGAUACAAUUUAAACCAGAAUCACUCUGUAAGAAGCUAUUCUCAGAUCAUAAAGGACUGGAAGAAUUAAUGAAGAUGCAGAUACAUCCUUGUUCUCAGGGGAUUGUGAUAUUUUCUAGAAGCUGGGCUAGUGAUGUUGGCUUAAAAAAAGAGCAGGAUGUCCUGUGUGAUGCUCUCCUAAUAGCAGUUAAUAGCCCCCUUGUACUCUUUACAAUCUUAAAACACCCCAGUAAGAGUGAAAGCCUUGAGUAUGCCCGAAAUACUGCUCGUCAGUUAAAGCAGAAACUAGGAACUAUUGGUUACACAGAAAAAGUGUGUGUCAUUCCGAAGCUGAUAUACCUGCCCACCACACAGUGCAGACCUUGUGAAAUCCCUGUAUACUACCCCCAAGCCUACCAGCUUGCUAAUGAGGAGGAAAUGGAAGACUUGUUGCAGGCCCUUAUCGUGGUCUCACUGUGCUCUAGAUCUCUUUUGAGUGACCUGCUGGGCUAUGAAUUUUUCAACUUGCUCAUAGCAGAGCAGUGUGAGCUGCUUUCAGAGAGCCUUCAGGAGACCCGAGAACUGUUCAUCUACUGCUUUCCAGGAACCAGGAAGACAGCCCUAGCCAUAAAGAUCAUGGAGAAAAUUAAGGACUUAUUCCACUGCAAACCAAAAGAGGUUCUCUAUGUUUGUGAAAAUGACUCCUUAAAGAAUUACGUGGUCCAGCAAAUCACCUGCCAAGCUGUAACUCGGAAAACCUUCAUGCGAGGGGAGUUCCUAAAGAUUAAACACAUAGUGAUGGAUGAAACUGAGAAGUUCUGCAGUAAAUAUGGUGAUUGGUACAUGAAGGCUAAGAGCAUCACCCAUUCAAAGGUGAGGGGGGCUGCAAGUGAAAACUUUCCCCGUGGGGUUCUCUGGUUUUUUCUGGACCCUUUCCAAGUUCAUCAUGCUGAUGUCAAUGGUCUUCCCCCUCCAUCUGCUCAGUUUCCUCGUAAAACAAUCACCAAUGGGAUUCACUGUUCUCUGGAAAUAGCGAUGGUCAUGAAACAAGAAAUGAAGAGAAUCAAAGAAAAUCCUCUCUUCAAUAUGUCUCCAGACAUACUGUCAUUGUUCAGGGAAGCUGCCUACGAGGAAGCAAUAUGUGCUCAGGCUCUGCCUGGGGUGUGUGAGACGGAGACUAACCUGACAAUAGGGCAAAUCGCGAAUCGUGUGGCAGAAAGAUGUCACAGCCUGUUCCAAUGUGGCUAUUUGCCCAAAGACAUAGCAAUUCUGUGCAGGAGAGUGGAGGACAGAGGGCGUUAUGAGCUUGCCCUGCUAAAAGCAAUGGAAUUAAUUGAAACUCACAGAGCAACGGAAGUUGUGUUCAGCCAGGCCUCUGAUGUUUUGGGUAGUCACAUCAUUUUAGACAGUCUUCAGCAGUUUUCAGGCCUGGAGAGGAAUAUUGUGUUUGGGCUCAGUCCAGAAUGUACCUUGUCAGAGGAAACUCAUAAGCUCUGCUUUGCCUCAAGAGCCAUUAAACACCUCUACCUGCUUUAUGAAAAGGCAGCCUUCUGAAAAUUAUUUCAAACAAUAUAGGAAUCCAGAAAAAGCAGAGUCCCUUCUUCCAGGCAAGUGGCAGCUACUCCCUUUCACGUGUACAAGUGAGGAAAUCAAGGCAGAGUCAGUAUGGCAGAGAGCCACAGAAAUGUAUCUUGGGACCCUGACACUCUAUGUGCAGAGUUCCUAUCUGUUUUCCAGUACACUUCACCUCCUUCAUGUAUGACAGACAUAUUUGGUCGCCUUCCUCCAGUUUUCUUAGCCUAAUUUGGCUUCCAUCCUAUCAAACAGAGAGGUUCUCCUCAUACGGAGAACUGAUUUUGUGCCAUCCCCUGCUAAUGUAUCUUCAGUGAGUCCCUGCAGUCUUCAAACCAAACCAAUUUUCAGGGUUUUCCAUGAAACACCCUGACAUACUCUUCUAACACAUUCUUUAUUAUACCUCCAUUUCCCAAUGUUUCUAAUGCUCCCAGUCCAGGUGGACUAUUUUGAGGGUGGGGAGUAGGGUGCCCUCCAGGCUACUUACUUUGACUGGGUAUCUCAGGACAGCACCUUUGUUGGCACGUAAUACUGGCUAUGGGACUCAAGCUUUAUAGGCUCAGAACUCGAUUUCCUCUGUACCAAGUUUGGAUCAGUCUCUUGAGGAUGGCUUUAUACUAAUAAAGUUCACAAAAGACCAAGGCAUAAAAGAAAAUGCUACUCUGACAAUUUACAGCGAGGAUUGUAGUAAUAGGUGGGCCGGAUGCUUUUGCUAAUCAGUACAUUUAAUAGUAACAUAGGAAACCAAAUUAUACAAGCAAAGCUUUGCAGCAAGGGGAGUUGGUAAUCUGAUUCAAAUGUAUGAAGUCUUCAGGCUAUGUUAGACUAUUGCAACCAUCUCUAAAAUAGAAAUAUUUCUACCACAAGGGCUAGAGAGGUCAGGUUUACAAAAGAAAGCAAAUUUAGAAUGCUAAGAGUGACUAGUUUUUCCAUAAUCUCUGCCUCGGAUGAAGUUUUUUUUCUCUCUUUAGUUUCUAAAGUUUCCAGGUUGACCACUAACCUUCCCCUCACUACUCCCAACACAUAACAUUUUUCUCAUAUUCAUUCUUUAUGUCUUAAUACUUUCAUCUAGGCUAGAAAGUGCUUACACCCGGCUACUGGCCUGGGAAUUGGUCUCACUAUAAGAGGUCUUUGCACAUCCCCGAUCUUUUCCAUGAUGAUUUGGUGUUAAUUUUAUAAUCCAGUGAGAGGUUACAGGGAACCUGUACAGCAAUACUACCACCUACACACCCAUACACAUUCUUGGCUUCUGGCUGUGCCUAUGCCAUUUUCUCAGCCUUCAAACCUUUUUCUGCUCCCUCUACCUGUUGAAAUCCUUUCUUGUCAAUCAUGUCUUUGUUCAAGUGCCAACCUUUUCAAUUAACUUUUUUUCAUUCCCCAAAAUUAAACUUAGUUUCCCUUUCUGCUGCUAUUCUAUGGCUUAAAUUUUUUAAAAUGAGAAUACCAAACUCUUUCUAAACUAUGCCAGAGUAGUUGCUGGCAUAGCAGAAUCUAUGCAAUACCUUCCUAUCAUGUCUUCUUUCCAAUGUAUGUGCAAUAUAUUAGAAAUAAAAUCAAAGGUCCUUUUCUCUAGUCAGCUCUCAAAAUAGUUAAGCUAAUAUUAUGCUCUGCAAUGCAAUCUUAUUUUUCCAUAGGUUUUUUUUUUUUUUAAUGCUUUGGAAAGAUUCCUAUUUCCAGACUGUUUUUAACUUCUAGAAAGGUUAAAGACAACUUUAUUGAUGCUGGAGAGGCCUGAAUGCAGGACGAAGUAUGGAAAUAUUCUUUUGGCUAUAAUUUUAGAUAAAGCCCAUCAACUUUCUGAGAGGUAGGAGGGCAGGUAGGGCUUAGAAAAGUACUCUUAGCUGCCUUUUUUAACUGCUCGGGCCACCAGGCAGGCCAGUCUGAACCUGGACAUGGAUCGGACAGAAGAACCUCUCUCCUACACUUGCUGCACCAAUUACUUGACAUUUACUCCUUUUUACUGUUCCUUGGGCGGGUGGGGGCCGGGGGAGUGGUUAGGGUAAUUUUAGGUGGGAGAAAAUAAAGUUCAGCAAUUAAUAUUUUUUUGUCUUUAUUUUUUUAACUAAUUUGUUUUUGAUGACGUAAAAGAUACCAGUGCAUUAACAACUGGAUAAUGGGAGAUGUGUGAAUUCUUUAAAAAUAAUUUAAAGAGGCAAAGUGGAAGAGAAUUGGAGAAAUGGAGAGUACAGGGAACUGCUAUAUUUUAGUCAUAAGCCUCAGUACCAUUUAACGUUUUAAACUAUAUGCAUGUAUUAUAUAAUUUUUGAUAUGGUAAUUGAUUUUAAAAAUUGUUUUAAAUACUGAAUUUGAGAGUCUUUGCCAACUUUCAGUCUCCUGAAACAGCUCAGUCAGGCUCGAAGUAGAAGGCCUAACCCAGUGGUUCUCAACACUGGCUACUCAUUAUUUUUAUCUGGAGAGCUUUAAAAAAUACCAGUGAUCUGGCAGACACUAGAGCAAUUAAAUCAGCAUCUCUGGGCAUGUGCUUGGAUAGUGUUAUUUAUUAAAAAUUGUGCAGAUGAUUCUAAUAUGCCACCAGGGUUGAGAACCAUUAAGCCCUUCUCCUAGUCUUCUUUCUGUAGACAAAUAGAUGUGUACACAUUUCUCUUCCCAUUAGACUAUGAGAUCUUUGAGAGUAAGGAUGGUCACUUACACAUCUUUACUUCCCCAAAAGCAAUUAUUGUAGUGCCUUGAACAUAGAGUGCUCAGUAAUUAUUUGUUGAAUGGACUUGCCACUUUCGGAAAAUCAGAAUUUAUUAGGGACAAUGCUUCUAUUCAGUGAAAUGAAUAUCUAAUUUCAGAGACUUCAAAGAGAUCAGUGUGGAGAAUAAUCAACACGGCAAUAAUUAAUAAUAAGAGAAUAAAGCAAUUCGAUCUGUUUUUAGGCAACAAAGUUAAAGGUUCAUGUUGAUGGAAUUCAUUUGGUUUGAGUUUGAGAUUAGGAACUGGUAGGGACUAAUAAUAAUUGACUAACUUACUUGUACUUAGAAUUCCGAUUUUUUUUCUACAGACCCUUGAUGCAAUGGAUAAAACAA